AUGAAAGAGCUUGGCUUUAUCAACUAUUUUCUUGGUAUCUCAGUUGUUUCUUCCUCUGAAGGAUAUUUUCUCUCUCAGCAUAAAUAUGCCACUGAACUUCUUGCCAACGCUGGCAUGUCUGACUGUAAAUCCUAUUCCUCUCCUAUGGCUCUUAAACAUAGUGAUUCCUCUACUGAUAUCUCAUUUUCUAACCCUUCUCUUUAUCGAAGCGUUGUUGGUGUUCUUCAAUACUUAACUAUCACUCAUCCUGAUCUUUCCUUUGCCAUGAAUUAUGCUUGCCAAUUUAUGCAUCUCCCUAUGGAUAGUCAUUUUGCUCAUGUUAAACGUUUGCUGAGAUAUGUCAAAGGUACUCUACAUCUUGGGCUUCAUUUUAGUCCUGGUCCUCUUCUUCUUCAAGCUUACUCCGACUCUGAUUGGGUUGGCAGUUCCUAUGAUCGACGAUCUAUUAUUGGUUUUUGUGUUUUCCUUGGCCACAAUUUGAUUUUUUGGUCUGCUAAAAAGCAACCUACAGUGGCUCGCUCUUCUACUGAUGCCGAAUAUUGUGCCUUAGCUCAAACCGCAGCAGAGCUCAGUUGGCUUACUAUGCUUUUAUCUGAUCUUCAUAUUAUAGUUCCUUCCCCUACUCUAUGGUGUGGUAAUAUCUCUGCUAUCUCUCUUUCAUCUAAUCUUGUCUUCCAUGCUAGGACCAAACACGUAGAGGUGGAUUAUCAUUUUGUUCGCGAGCGAGUGGCAGCUAAACAACUCCAUAUUUGUCAUAUUUCUACUUUGGAUCAAUUAGCAGAUAUUUUCACCAAACCUCUUUCCACUCAAAGGUUUCAAUACUUACAGGCCAAGCUUAUGGUCCUGUAG